AUGUUUAUUCUCCUUCUAAUCGUUUCUCUUAUCUCAUCGAUUAAUGCUACAGCCAUAGUAUCUCGCUCAGAGUACCCGCUAUCUCAACUCCCUGUACAUGGUCCCAAAACUAGAUUAACCGUAGGCAAUAGCAUCAUCGCUCCCGAUGGCUUCGCACGCCCAACAACGCUUGUCGAUGGCAUGUUUCCUGGACCCUUGAUUGCAGCCCAGAAGGGAGAUCACUUUGAUAUCGAGGUGGUCAACAAACUCAGCGACGACUCGAUGUUCGUGCUUACCAGUGUUCACUGGCAUGGCAUCUUCCAGAAUCGGACGAACUAUGCUGAUGGAGCGGCCUUCGUCACACAAUGCCCCAUUACGCCGAACCACUCUUUUUUACAUUCUUUCUCUGCUCCAAACCAGGCGGGCACUUAUUGGUAUCACAGUCAUUAUUCCGUUCAAUACUGCGAUGGUCUCAGGGGAGCCCUGGUAAUCUAUGAUCCUCACGACCCUUUGGCAUACUUGUACGAUGUCGACGAUGCAAGUACUGUGAUCACGCUUGCCGACUGGUAUCAUACUGUAGCUCCCGAAUUGCUCGGCACUGUACCUGUUGCCAAUUCUAUGCUCAUCAAUGGACUCGGUCGCUAUGCUGGCGGACCUCAGUCUGAGCUUGCUGUGAUCAAUGUCACGCAGGGAAAGCGAUAUCGCUUGCGCCUAGUUCAAAUAUCAUGCGACUCCAACGUCCAAUUCUCCAUCGAUGGCCACAACUUAACUGUCAUCGAAGCGGAUGGACAGCUGACAGAACCUCUGGUGGUAGAUCAGCUCCAGAUUUUUGUCGCCCAGCGCUACUCUGUUAUUCUAGUAGCCGAUCAGCCAGUGGAUAACUACUGGGUACGCGCUCUUCCUAAUACGGCGAAUGCGAACUACAGCGGAGGUUUGAACACUGCUAUUCUUCGCUACAAAGGUGCCCCAGAGGCUGACCCGACUACGCCCAAUAUUCCUGCCACGAACCAAUUGCAAGAGAGCAACUUACAUGCUCUUCUCCAUCGCGGUGCUCCUGGCAUUCCAGAGUAUGGUAAAGCCGAUGUCAACCUCAACCUCCCGGUUACCCUUAAUGCCGGAAAUUUCUAUGUCGAUAAUGUCACAUUCAUAAACCCCACCGUUCCUGUUCUACUCCAAAUUCUUAAUGGAGCUCGAAACGCUACUCAGCUGCUCCCAGCCGGAAGUGUGUACGUUCUCGGGGCCAACAAAGUGGUAGAGUUGACGGUACCAAUACAUGCAUUCAGUGUCGUAAAGAGUGCAGACAGCAGUACCUUCAAUUAUGUGAACCCCGUUCGCCGCGAUGUGGUCAGCGCUGGGGUCAUUGGGCAAGAAACAGUGAUCCGAUUUGUCACCGACAAUUCUGGCCCGUGGUUCUUGCAUUGUCACAUUGACUGGCACCUUGCAGCCGGUUUCGCCGUGGUAAUGGCAGAGAGUCCCCCAGAUACUCCCGCGCAUGUGGACCCCGUGCCAUAUGAAUGGGAUCGCUUAUGUCCAAUCUAUGACCAUCACCCAGAUCCCACGGUCGCUAGCAUGACUGAAAUUUACUCUGCAUAG